UCCCUCUUUAAGGAGAAUGAAACUCGAUCCCGUCUCGCCGGUAGCGUCCGGUAUAAAACAGUCCAGCGGAAGAAGAGCCUGUGAGAACAAUAUCAGUGUGAUCGGAGACUGUGGAGUUCACGAUCACCGAAAUCACGCGCAGAUCUCCAGAUGACCGGGAGUUUCGCACAUGAGCUGACACUCGGACGCUGCGCUCCUCCGUUAUUCCUCUCGUAUCCACAGAGAACAGGAUGCGUCCCGGCAGGAUAGACAGAUAAUGACCGCGCUGCUCGUUUCAAAUCAAUCGAUGAUACUUAGAGGCUUUUUUACGCAUGAGAAGAAGAUUGCACGGACGCACCAGCUUUGAAUCGAAGUCGUUAAAGCUCGCCGAUAUCUAUUCCUGUAUGAAAACAUGAGCUCGUUGUUGUUUGGAGAAGGUUUUUUGGGCGGCGUGGUGAGCGGCGCGCCGUCGGACGCGGUUCCCAGAGCGCUGCGCAACGACCUGGGAUCCAACAUCCAUGUCCUCAAGACCCUCAACCUGAGGUUCCGCUGCUUCCUCGCCAAAGUCCAUGAGCUGGAGAGAAGGAACAAACUUCUGGAGAGCCAGCUGAAGCAAGCCUCCGGUCAGCCGAGGCAGCAGGGCUUCUCCUUCACGCGUGAAGUCGCGGUCCAGACGGACUCCGCGGGGUCCAGACUUCCAGGCAACAUCUGGAGCUUCACGCACAUUUUGAGACACGGAGAGCGCGUCAAGACUGUCCAGGGACCCGGAGUCACCUGGACCCAUCCGGAUGGGGUGGGGGUCCAAAUCGACACCAUCACCCCAGAACUGAGAGCCUUGUAUAACGUUCUGGCCAAAGUCAAACGCGAGCGGGAUGAGUACAAGAGAAAAUGGGAGGAGGAGCUGUCGAGAAGAGAACAGAUGGAGUCGAAGGUGCAGACGCUGCAGGAGAAUGUAAACGAAUCCGAAGCCAUUCAGGACGAGCUGAACGAGAAGGUCGAAAGACUGAAAGCUGAACUGGUGGUCUUCAAGAGCCUCAUGAGCGAUGCUGGCGGGCGCCGCCACUCUAAAGCUGUAGAGAACCGGAGGAAAAUCCUGGACCUGAAACAAAUGUCCGACCUCGACACCAAGAUUCAGGAGAAAGCCAUGAAGGUGGACAUGGACAUCUGCAGGAGAAUCGACAUCACGGCCAAACUGUGUGACGUGGCUCAGCAGAGGAACUCAGAGGACGUGUCGAAGAUGUUCAGCGUCAGUCCAUCCAGAGCAUCAGCAGACAGGAUGGCUGUUGUGUGCAAAAAGAAAGAGAAGAAGCCAGUAUCAGAUGAGGAAAACUCAGAGAUGGAUGCAGAUCCCAGCACUUCGGAGGAGGACGUCCCAUUCAACAUCACAGACGAGAUGAAACGCAUGAUCAACCAGCUACAUUAUUCAGAUAACUCAUUUGUUGCUAGGCGGGAGACGUUUGAGAUCGAUGAUGACUGUGACAGUUUGACAUGGGAAGAGAACGAUGAUACGCUGCUGUUAUGGGAGGAUUUCGCCAAUUACAACGUGCCCUACGGCCUUACUAACAACACCGGUGCCCUCGACUGCAACGGAGACGCACAAGAAACGGACGGUAGUCUAGGAAAUCUCAUCGAUGAGACUGAGUCUCUUAUCAAGACCAGAGAGCAGGAAUAUCAGGAGACAAUCGGACAAAUCGAGAUGGAGUUGGCCACGGCUAAGAGUGACAUGAACAGACAUCUGCAUGAGUACAUGGAGAUGUGCAGCAUGAAGCGAGGGCUGGACGUGCAGAUGGAGACGUGCAGGAGAAUGAUCAAGGGUGGCAGAAAUUCUCUUUCCAUCAGCUCAUCUGUGAGCAGUGACUCAGGGAACACUGACGAGAUACAAGACGAGUCGGACAAGGAUGGAGAGAUGGAGGGGCCAAUCAGCUGAUACCUCCCCAGGCUGACCCCGCCCUCUUCCCCCCACUGAGCUCCAAUCAGAUCUCGGGCCUCCCAGCAAUCAGCCAAUGGCGUUACACUGAGGAACAGAGCCCACUCACACAAACCCCAGAUCCUGUAGGUGCUUUAACGUCUCCGUGUCAGAGUGGGGUGGCGUUGAUGAGGGUUGUUUUUGUGAUUCGACAUCAAUAUUGAUGCGUCACAUGGUGCCACAGCUGUCACAGGUCAGCUGAACUCUGAAUCAGAUCAAUCCCAGCCAAAAUACAUCACACAAUACACCCGAUCAAACCUGAAAUCAAGUCCAUAUCUCAAUUAGAAACCGGAAAACGUUCAUGCACCAUGAGUGAUACGCAAGACUGAAAGCCAAUCAGAGCAAAAAGGACUGACCUUCAGAAUGCUUUCCUUAAUAUUUGUGGCUUUUUAUUUUUCUAAAAACUACUUCAGAAAUCAAUGGUUUACUGCAGAAACAUUUUGGCCUUUUAAGCCCCGAAUCCAGUCGAAGAUGUUCAGCGAAUGUGGAACACAGAAAAAGCUCAUGUUCUAUGCAAUCAGCCUUAUUUCAUGAUAUGUGUUUUCCCAGCUAACGAAACUAAGCUUUAGGAAUGUUUUGCUGACAUUCCCAGUUAGUAAUGUGAAUAUUAUUUAUGAAUGUUCUCUGAACAUCAAAAAGUUUUAAUGUUUUAACCCUCUGGUGCUCUUCGGUAUAUAUAUAUUAGUUUUUUUAAAUCCAAUAAUUGUUUGCGUUUUUUUUUUUUUUUUACUUCAUCAGAAUGCAAUGAAACUUGGUAAAGGUUUUGGCACUUUUUAUGUGAACAAAAUAUAUACAAAAUUCACACAGUGGAAAUGAUUGGGAAGUGAAUUUUAUCUAGUGGAAACAUUUGGUACUGCGCUCAAAGAACGUCUUACAGAAAACUGUUUUUUUUUUUUUUUUGAUAUCAACAUCAAAUUUGGAACACGACUUGUUUAGAUUUAUGGCUUUGACUUUCCCACAGUUUUAAAGUGAAAUGUUUUGGAAAAUAUGUAAAUAUUAAAAUACGUAAAUUUAUAACAUUAAAGCUAAACUUUUUCACUUAAAAACUUUUUUCACAUAAACAAUAAUCCGCAAAGCGUCUUCUUUAAGAAAGAGACCAAACCUGAGUCUGUUCUCCAAAGCUUUUAAAAUGACAGUUUGACAGUUUUUCAGGUCUAUGCUCAAAAAGUGCUUAACAUUAAUAAAUGGAUUAUAACUACUGGAAAAAAUACAAAUUAAUACCAUAAAAUCCCCUAAAAAUACAAAAUGUUAAAUUAAAAAAUACAUAAAAACUAAAACAUAGUACAUUCAUUUUAUUGAAAUAAAAAAAUAAUUCAGUGAUUUUUUUUUACCUUCACACAAAGCACAUCAGAGGGUUAAAAAUUAUGUUUUUUUUCCUGGUUCUGCGAAUGUUAAGGGAACAUUCAAUUUUAUAACAUUACAAUAAUUUUGCUAACGUUGUUGAAAUGUUAGUUUUGAAUGUUCUCUGAACUAUCUGAAACAAGUAGUUUCACUUAAAAAACGAAUGUCCAACUAAAAGUUUCAGAAAAAAAAAAAGUUUAAUAAAUGUUUUAUUUUUUUAUUUUAUUUUUGGCAAAGUUUUGAGAACAUUAUUAACGAACGUAAGAACAUAAGCAACACCUUUCCUAUUAGCUGGGUUUGAUUUGCCUUAGGUGAUUUCAUGUGUUAUGUACAAUGUUCACGUGUUAAUGUUUACGCACUUAAUGGCAAAUUCUGUGGACUAUGUCCCAUCAUUUUUAGCAGAAACCAAUGAAGAUUGAAGCUUUUCGAGAGUCACACAUAUCAGUAUCUCAAUCAUUAAAGAGCUGUGUGCCUAUAAAUACAUUGCAGGUUCAUUUUGGAUGGCCUUACUGCAUUUCCACUUCUUUCCAAAGUUUGCACUCACGGUAAUCAUGGGAAGAGUUUUCAGGUGGAGGUUUUGAUUGUACAUUGACCAAGCUGGGUGUAUCUGAAAUUAUACCCAUGUCUAUAAAUAUAUGUAGAUCCAAAAGCAUAGGAUUAUGGGAUUGGACGUUGUAUUGAAGCCCUUAUGAUGGCCACUCUUCCAGAUUCAGGUUUGUUUUCCUGGAUGUGGCUUAUAACAUUUCUGUAUCAAUGAGGUUUGUUAAUAUAGUGGUCUUUUUGUUUUCUUUUUUGGCUUCUUUGUAUUUAGCAUUUUUAUCUUAUACGCUAUUGGUCAAAAGUUUGGAAGAAUUACGAUUCUUAAUGUUUUUGAAAGAAGUCUCUCCUGCUCCUUGUUUGAUCAAAACACAAACAUAUGAAGCAGCACAACUGUUUUCAACAUUAACAAUAAGAAGAAACAUUUCUUAAGCAUCAAAUCAGCAUAUUAGACGACUGGAGUAAAGAUUCAGAAAAUUCACAUGAAUAAAUUACAUUUUAAAAUAUGUCAGGUAUUUUAAAUUGUAAUGGUAUUACACAUUAUUACUGGUUUAACUGUAUUUUUGAGCAUAAGAGACAAACUUCUGACCAGUAGUGUACAUUCCUGGGUUCAUAUUUAAACAUAUUUAAUCUGAAAUAUGGGGAAAUUUGAUGGGUUUUAUUAAACUGAUCAGUGAUUUAAUAAUAAGAUCAAAUAUGUAAAUAUAAGCUCAAAAUAUGGUCGCAAACUGUUUUAAAAAAAUAUUUUAUAGUAAAUAAAUCGGUAGGCAUAACUUUUGUUUAUUCAAUUAGCUAAAAAGUUUAAUAUCAUAUCUGAUCAAAUCAUCUGUAAAUUUUGCAAUUUUGUUUGUGUAUUUGAUUUCCUAACUUAUUAAAAUUAUAGGACAAAAUCUGGCUUUUGAAUUUCCUAAAUAUAUAAAAAUCAUUUGAUUGUAUAAUGUUCAGGAUUUUUAGGGCUAAUUUGAAAGCUUUUCCCUGGGAAAUGAAACAUGCACUUUUAGAGUCUUCCCCUUUUCAAGCACUGUUAGUAUAUUUUUUAUUGUUUACGGUGAAAAUCAAGCAAAUUUUUUUGGUCUGAAUCUGGAUAACAUGGACCAGAUGUCUCUUCUCAAAACCGAUUUUAUGGUUUUUGAACAAAUAAAAAUAGGAAAAGGGCAGUAUCACAAGAAUUAAUGUGCAAAAUCAUAUUCAGAAAUGUUUUCUGAAUUAAUUCCAUUGUGUUUAUUAUGUUUUAUAGAAAAAAGUUACAGUUAUAUAUAUAUACAGUAUAAAGUAUCCUAAAGAAAAAUACAUGUUUGUGAGCUUUAAUGUUGUAUUCAGAAGGAACUUACUGAAACUGGAUGAGAAAGUAAUGCUGUCGUCAUCAUGUUUGUCUUUUUGUCAUUUUAAGGAAAGCACAAAAUGGCAGCAAAUGUAGGUGCACAUUUCUGUAAAACAUGACACUGUUGUGAUGGGGUCAUGUAGUGCUAACAAACACAAGCUAAAAGCCAGAAACAUGCUCAAUAAAACUGAGGUUUUGUAGCAUUUGACAUCA